AUGGUUCCAGAGACCAAAAUGAACCAAGAGACCUACAUUAUUGCAUAUACAAUCCACUUUUUGCUCGGAGCUGGGAGUUUGAUUCCAUGGAAUGCAUUCAUUACAGCCGUUGAUUACUUUGAAUUUCUCUAUCCAAACAAACACAUUGGCAAGUCUCUGUUCAUUGUUGCUUUGACGGCGGCGCCUGUGACAGAUUGGGCUUCUCAUAAGAAUGAGCCUCAAGAGACGCCACAUAUAGCUUAUGUGGUUCUUGUUUUAGCCCUGGUGGUGUGUGGUCUGGCAAAUGGGUUGACCAAAGGAAGCUUGACCGGAGGCACCGGGGAACUGUCGGGAUGGUACAUGCAGGCAGGCAAUGCUUCUUCAGGAAUUCUUGUUUGCAUCUUGAGGAUUGUAACAAAGGCUUCCCUACCCUACUCCCCAAAGGGUCUCCAGAUGAUCACUCAGAUCUAUUUCAUCAUCAGCACCUUCAUCAUAUUCCCCAUGCAGUAUCUGUUGCAAUCUCUUGCAAAAGUUAUUGCCACUCUUCAUGGCUUGAAUGGCCAGGCUUUUGUUAUUCCGACUGUUCAUGGCUUGUCUUCACGGGACCCAAAUAGCUGA